AUGGACACGUUCCAGAAUGGAUUGUCUGAGGCCUUGCAGGAUGAACUGGCGAGGGUGGACAGGCCACCGACGUUUGACGCAUUGGUCCACUUGUGCCUCCAGAUAGAUGCCCGGCUGCAGAGGCGAAGGCCUCACCAUGCAUUCCAGGAGACCACCAGCAUGCCAGUUCAGCAAGAGACUGCAGUGGAAUGGGAGGAGCCCAUGGAGUUGGGUACUGUCAGAUCUCAAGUGUCACGUAUUGAGAUGGACGGACGACGUGCUGAGGGAUUGUGCUUCUACUGUGGGGAUCUUGGACACCUGGAAGGGAGUUGCCCCAAGAAGAACAGAGGGGUUGUGCGGACUGCAGCCAUCCCUCAGCAACGCACUAUCAUGUCGGACAACCAGCACGUUUGUGCGGCCAUGAUACCCCGUUUGUACAAGGCUGUCACCAACCCUUCUGGACCGCACCCCGAUCGUCGGAACCGGGGGAAGGGCCCUGCAGGAGAGGAGUGUGUGGUGGCUCGGCAGGAGUCGGUGGAGCUGCUGCCGGACUCCGACGGCAAGGGGUCAUGUGGGUUGGCCUUGGAGGAGGUGGAGGACCAUGGACAACCACGCUCGUUGGGAAAUUCCAACGUGACGCCAGUGAAGAGUGAUGGAUCUGUGAGGAUCUGCGCUGAUUUUAAAUGCACAUUAAACAGAGCAUUGCAGCAGAGCGCAUACCUGGUGCCCGUGGUGCAGCAUCUGCUGACCUCUCUGGCACAGGGGACCAUAUUUCCGAAGCUAGACCUAGCACAGGCAUAUCAGCAGUUGCCUGUGGAUGAGGCAACUGCUGAAGUACAGACUAUAGUCAUAGGGAACUAUAGCCAAUUGGACAGGGAGGCGUUGGCUAUAGUGGCUGGAGUGAAGCGGUUUCACUCCUAUCUCUACGGCUGUCAUUUUCACAUUGUGACGGAUUACAAGCCCUUACUGGGCAUCAUUGCAGGUGACAAGCAGACACCCCAGAUCCUGUCCCCCAGAUGGACUGUAUUUUUGGCUGCCUAUGACUAUAUGUUGCAUUAUAGACCUGGCAAGCACAUCAGCCAAGCGGAUGCUUUAAGCAGAUGCCUGUUGCCUAUUGCGGUCAAGGAUCCGGUGCCUGCCUCUACAGUGUUGCUGAUCGAUGACAUGCAGUUACCUAUUACCGCAGCUGAUGUGGCCAGACAUACCAGCUGGGACAAGGUGCUCGCCAAGGUGCUGGGAUGGACUGAAUGUGGUUGGCCUUCAUACCCACUGGGCACUGAAUGGCGACCUUUCACCACCAGGCAACAAGAACUUUCUUCGCAGCAAGGUUGCCUUCUGUGGGGCAGCAGAGUGGUGAUUCCAGCCUCCCUCCAGGAAGCGGUGCUGACUAUGCUACACGACGGUCACCUGGGAAUUGUCCGGAUGAAGGCACUUGGCCGGAGCUAUGCUUGGUGGCCGGGCAUGGACCAGGACAUUGCCUGGUGGGUGGCUAGCUGUCCACAGUGCCAGGAAACCCGACCGGCUUGCCCCAAAGCACCCAUUCAGAACUGGGAACAACCGAGGGCUCCGUGGUCCAGAAUUCAUAUGGACUUGGCUGGUCCGGCUAAGGGCCAAAUGUUUAUUGUCAUUGUUGAUGCUUUCUCUAAAUGGGUUGAAUUGUUUUUAUUGUCUGCAACAACUGCCCCUGCCAUCAUUAAGGUACUACCCCGGGUAUUCAUGACCCAUGGGUUACCAGACUUAGUGGUCUCUGACAAUGGGCCCCAGUUUAUUGCUGCGGCGCUUGCCUCGUUCUUUGCCCAGUUGGGGGUCCGCCAUGCCUUUGUUGCCCCAUUCAACCCAGUGGCUAAUGGCCUGGCUGAAUGUGUGGUCCAGCAAGAGGCUCUUGCCAGGUUUGGCCCCUUAAACUGGCAAGUAGACAUAGAUAUGUAUUUACUGUGGCAGCAUGCCACCCCUUGUACAACUAUGAACAAGAGCCCAGCUGAACUUUUAAUGGGACGGCGCAUUAGGACAACACUAGAUAGACUGCACCCUGAAUAUGCCCCAGAUCGGCCUUUAGACUCACAGAGUCAACGCAAGGGGUCCAUUGACACGCCAGUAUAUGCUAGAAACUACUCGGGCCAUCAGCUAUGGCUCCCCGGCAUAGUCCGGAAAAUAACAGGUCCGUGCUCGUACCUGGUAGAGGACGGCAGGGUUUGGAAGCGCCAUAUAAACCAGCUGAGAAAUAGACAAGGAGGUGCCAAUUUGGUGAAGCAGUCAGAGGGCUUAUCCGACAUGCAGGAAGUCGAGAGUCAGGAACAGGCCACAAGGCCCUGGUCUAUCUCCCUAGAGGAGCUAGAGAAAUUAAUAAAAAGUCCAUCAAAAGACUUACCAGUGGUUCCCUGUGAUGCUCCAGCAGCGCCGGACUCUGAGAGGGCCAUGUCUCCAGCCAGGGCCAGCACUAUUCCAGUCCCACCAGCGGAAGGUGCCCUGAGAAAGUCUAGGCGGGUCCAGAGGCAGCCAAGCCACCUAAAAGACUACGCAUGCACAUUCUAA